UUGCGUUCUUUAGAGGUUCGAAAGAUGGGUCAGAAUCAGAUCCAGUAUUCGGAGAAAUACUGCGACGACACUUUCGAGUACAGGCACGUGGUUCUUCCGCCAGAAGUUGCGAAACUACUUCCCAAGAACAAACUUCUCGCCGAAAAUGAGUGGCGUGCAAUUGGAGUUCAGCAGAGCCGUGGUUGGGUUCAUUAUGCCAUUCAUCGCCCUGAGCCACACAUCAUGCUCUUCCGGAGGCCUCUGAACUAUCAGCAGCAACAGGAGAACCAGGCCCAGCACAAUGUCCUUGCCAAGUGAUGUGUUGCUGAGUUGAUUUCUUUUGUAGGAUUACAGCUUAUCUUGAUUAUGACGAGUGUACUUUAAAGUUGUAUAGUUAUGGUAGACCGAUUUUGCGCUGCGAUUUCCCUUUUCAAAGGAUUGCGAAGGUUUCUCUUUGUGAGCAGUGCGACGAUCAUCCAGCAUCGUGCAGUAGUGAUUCCUUAUAAGGAUUCGGAAGUUCACCUGUGGCAUUGUCUACUGGUUAUUAUAUGUAUAUAAUGUUGCCCAUGAGGGGAUGAUUUGCCAA